UGCGCGGGGUUGCUUUGACCCCCGUCACGUGACCACAAUUCCCAAGGUGCUGCGGGUGCUGUUCCUUAUCUACCCAGAAAGUAGAUGGAAUGGUGGGGCGGUGCCUCUGCGAAAUCCAGCCAAUAGGAGCGUGGAACAGAAGUGACGCGCCCUUCUGGUCUUCCAGUAGCGGACCGUGGAAGGUACGUUGAACGCAUGCGUCCUUUGGAAGGCUAGAAAAAGGGUCUGCUGGCGGGCUGUGUCGGAAACAUGGAGCAAGGCUACGGAGGAUAUGGGGCCUGGAGUGCUGGACCUGCCAACACCCAGGGUACAUAUGGGAGUGGUGUGGCCAGCUGGCAAGGUUAUGACAACUACAAUUAUUAUGGUGCCCAGAACACCAAUGUCACUGCAGGAGCAACCUACAGCUAUGGCCCAGCUUCAUGGGAGGCCACCAAGGCCAGUGAUGGUGGCCUGGCAGCCGGGGGCCCUUCCAUGCACAUGGCCUCUUAUGGUCCAGAGCCAUGCAACGACAGUUCAGACUCUCUCAUUGCCAAGAUCAACCAGCGCUUGGACAUGAUGUCCAAGGAAGGAGGCAGGGGCGGGAGCGGCAGCGGUGGGGAGGGCAUGCAGGACCGGGAGAGCUCCUUCCGCUUCCAGCCGUAUGAGUCCUACGAUUCCAGGCCUUGCUUGCCAGAACACAAUCCCUACCGCCCCAGCUACAACUAUGACUAUGACUUUGACCUGGGGACCGACCGAAAUGGCAGCUUUGGUGGGCAGUACAAUGAUUGCCGGGACCCAGCUCGAGAGCGAGGCUCCCUUGAUGGCUUCAUGCGAGGCCGGGGUCAGAGCCAAGGCCCAGGCCCAGGCCCAGGUCGCUUCCAGGACCGGAGCAGUUCUAGCACCUUCAUGCGCAACGACCCUUUCAUGCCACCCCAAGCCGCCUCUGAGCCUCUGUCCACUUCCUGGAAUGAGCUAAACUACAUGGGUGGACGAGGCUUGGGAGGACCCUCCCCAAGCAGGCCACCUCCUUCCCUCUUCUCCCAGUCCAUGGCUCCUGACUAUGGCAUGAUGGGCAUGCAGGGGACAGGUGGUUAUGACAACACCAUACCUUAUGGAUGUGGCCGAUCACAAAUUCGAAUGAGGGAUCGGCCCAGGAGGAGAGGGUUUGACCGCUUUGGACCAGACAGUAUGGGCAGGAAGCGGAAGCAGUUUUCUAUGUUUGAGGAGCCGGACACCAAGCUGGCCCGUGUUGACAGCGAAGGCGAUUUUUCGGACAAUGAUGAUGGAGCUGGUGACUUCCGGUCAGGAGAUGAAGAAUUUCGGGGUGAGGAUGAAUUCUGCGAUGCUGGGAGGCAGAGAGGAGACAAAGAGGAUGAGGAUGAGGAAAUGAAGAAGAGACGGGAAAAGCAAAGGAGGAGAGACAGGAUGCGGGACCGAGCAGCUGACAGGAUUCAGUUUGCCUGUUCUGUAUGCAAGUUUCGUAGCUUUGAAGAUGAAGAAAUCCAGAAGCAUCUGCAGAGCAAAUUUCACAAAGAGACACUGCGGUUUAUAAGCACCAAACUGCCUGACAAGACGGUGGAGUUCCUCCAGGAGUACAUUGUAAACAGGAAUAAGAAAAUUGAGAAGCGGCGUCAGGAGUUGAUGGAAAAGGAGAGCCCAAAACCAAAGCCAGACCCUUUCAAAGGGAUUGGUCAGGAGCACUUCUUCAAGAAGAUUGAGGCUGCACACUGUAUGGCCUGUGACAUGCUGAUUCCUGCGCAGCACCAGCUCCUCCAGCGGCACCUGCACUCUGUGGACCACAACCAUAACCGCAGGUUGGCUGCUGAACAGUUCAAGAAAACAAGUCUCCAUGUAGCUAAGAGUGUUCUGAAUAACAGACACAUAGUGAAGAUGCUGGAAAAAUACCUUAAGGGCGAAGAUCCCUUCACCAAUGAAACCGGUGAUCCUGAAAUAGAAGGAGAUGACAAUUUAGGAAGUGAGGAUAAGGAAGAGACACCCGAGGAGGUGGCUGCAGAAGUCUUAGCAGAGGUGAUUACAGCAGCUGUGAGGGCUGUAGAUGGAGAAGGAGCCACGGCUGGAGAGAGGAGUGAAGAGCCGGCCCAAGGAGAAGGCCUGAUGGACAUGGCAGGGGCGAGCAGUGAGCUGCAUACUGACCAGCCAUCGGAAGAGGCUUCCUGUGGAACAGCAUCUGAGGAGAACCUUGAGGCCAAAGCUGGAAGUGAGGCUGCUGAGGCCGGAAGUGAGGCUGCAGAGGCCGGAAGCGAGGCUGUAACAGUGGCAGCAGGGGUAGAAAGCACGACAACUGAAGAUGCUCCUGUCCCAACUGCCGUGGAAGCUGAAGUGGGACAAACUGAUACAGAGUCCAAAGAUGAUAUUCCCAUAGAAUGAACCUCCUUCCCUGUUUCAAGGGAUGUGUUAGAUAAUGUGUUGCUCUUUCUUUGGUUUGUAAGCAGUACUAUGGUGUGUCAGCUGGAAUAUGCUGUAAACUAAUUCUGGUGAAGAGACUCAGCCAUCUCCCUCACAAGUUUCUUUUACACAGUUGCUUAGCUUCCCACCUCAGCUUGAAGGAUGCAAAGAUUGUACAUUCCUCCCAAGAAGCAGUGAUGUCUUUUUAGACAACAGUUAAAGUAAUAAAAUUUGACUAAUUAGAUCUUGAUACUUGGCUUAUUGCAUACAGCCACUGGCGGCUGGGUGCCCCCUUGGUUUUUUCACUUUAAUUUUUCUUACUGAUUGGGAGCAAUUCAAUAUUAGGAAUAUAUCUUGCUUUAGCAGGUUUUUUUGUUUGUUUGUUUCCCUAAGGCACUUCGGCCUCUGCUUUUUUUCCCCCCUUUAGU